AGAGGAGGAGGAGGAGGCUACCAGCAGAGAGAGAGGAGGAGGAGGAGGCUACCAGCAGAGAGAGAGGAGGAGGAGGAGGCUACCAGCAGAGAGAGAGGAGGAGGAGGAGGCUACCAGCCGAGCAGGGUAGCCGCUUCCAGGAGAGGAUCUUUACUGUUCUCGUCGUCGAAUGAAAACCAAACAUAAAAGCAUCAUAAAGACAUGGUGCUCACUCCCAGAGAAGCUCCUCCGUCGGGCCUGUGAGUGUCGGCAGGUUUCUCCUCCACCACCAGCCUCCUCUUCGGGGGAUUGUUCAGCCUGUCUGAGUCCGUCCUGACCCGCAGCACCGCCGGCCAGGCGAUGACAGCGGCUACAGCCACUCCGCAGCUGAUGAGAGACCGGCUGCUGCAGGCCAUCGACGGCCAGAGCAAUAUAUGCAACAUGGUGGUAGUUAUGGAGGUGAUCUCCUAUUUGGAGAAUAAUCCUAUCACCAAAGAGGCACUGGAGGAAACCCGUCUUGGCAAACUCAUCAACGACGUCCGGAAGAAAACCAAGAAUGAGGACCUCGCGAAAAGGGCCAAGAAGCUCCUGCGAAACUGGCAGAAGCUAAUUGAGCCGGGCAAGGGGGAGGGGUUGUCCAAAGGACACACCGGUGCAUCAUGGUCUUCCAAUGGUGGUGCUCAUGGCUGCAUCUCCACUCCAGCUGCCACCACACCAUCAGGUAAAACAGGUUCAGAGUUGAAGAACAGAAAUGACUUCAACAACUGCUACUCCCCGAGGGUGGAGAAACCGAGCAACAGGAAACGCAAGGGUGACCAGAAGGAAAGACAGCUCUUACCAGCCAAGAUAUCCAAAACAACUCUUAAUGAUAAAAUACAAAACUCCAAACAGCUGCCGACCAAUGGAAUUGGAGGUAGCUCUGAAAUUUUUACAGAUACUCGUGCACAUCAGCCUUUAGACAGGGAUAUUUCUGAGCCUUUGGACAAUGACAGGCUAAAUAAAAUCCCAGUCAAUGCUGUAAAACCUCAUCCAAGUGCCCCGGGAUACAGCAAGCCUCCCAGCACUUCUUCUUUGCUAAAAGCAUCCGUUUUGCAGCAACAAGCCCGACAGGAGCAAGCUGUCUCUGGGGGGCAGUAUCGACCCAGAAGCCCACGCUGCUCCUUGCACAGUCCUCAAACUCCAAAGCAGGAAGCUGGUGUCAAACAAACUGUAUCACAAGCACAGGGUCUUUCUAGCCCCACUGUGAGGUCUGUGGACACCUCUGGGCUGGGGCCUUCCACUCAGCCUUUCAACGGUUGUGUUCAGGGUUUGCACACAGACGGUUCAGAUUUGGAUUCUCAAAGCAGGCCUCCCAGUACGUCUCUUCACAACUCAUACGCCUCCUCCCGCAGUGAUGUGGUCAGUUUGGAAGAUGAUGGUGCUGUUAGCAAUACAGAGAAAAGGAAAAGACAGAAAUACAGGCCUAAGGACCAUGUGAUAAAUUUAGAUGGACAGACCGUAGAAGACAGCACCAAACCAGUCAGGUUAAAAGACAGGAGACUGACAUUUGACCCUGUAACAGGACAGAUCAAAUCCUCCUGUCAUAAGGAGUCUAGCCAGGAGGGGAAGGUCAGUCUGGGCCUCAGACCCGUAUCUCAGUGUUCAGAACAGCCGAAGCAGAAUCCACCGGUUCCUCCCAGUCCUUUCCAGCAGACAGACUGGAAAGAGUUAUCAAGGAGCGAUAUCAUCCAGUCGUACCUUAGCCAGCAAAGCAACGUUCUGACGUCGUCAGGCGCCCACACCCCUGGUGCACACUUUUUCAUGACCGAGUUCUUGAAAAAAGAGGAACACCGAAGUACAGACGUAAAAAAAAACAACCACGUGUUGGCACCAGAACUCCCAGCCAGGGAUUUACCGGGGGUUAGCAGAGACGUCAUCAGUGAAGACCUGGACAGAUUACACAAGCAACACUGGUCCGGGGUUAAUGGUUGCUAUGACACAAAGGGUACUUGGUACGACUGGACGGAGUGCAUCUCUUUAGACCCGCACGGAGAUGAGAGCAGGUUGAAUAUACUGCCAUACGUCUGUCUGGAUUGAAGCAGAGGUUGAUAAAUUGGAAGCGGCCUUCAUCGUAAAGCGGAGCAACUCUGCGUGUGAAGGCACUUUAUUUAAGUGUAAGCUGCUGUUUUGCACCGUUGGUGAAAGUGGAGUCAAUGUGCUGCCUGCUUGGGUGUGUGUGGAACACACUCAGUGUUUUUAUGAGUUUUUGAACAUUGUGUGCGAAGGAAAGAGGCUAUGCAUUAUCUGACCGUUUAGUUGUGGGUGUUCAGUUACUGUACAGAAUCAGAUUGAGAUCCUAAUACCUGCCAUUCUUUGUAUGGGAGAGGACAUCACAUUAAACUGCACAGCUACAUUUCCUUAUAGUCUUAUGUUAUCCACAUGCCUCGUGGAAUGUGACUUUACUGAAUUUUCUGCAUCCACAUACAUUUCUUCCACAGUGCAGUAUUUUUUAAUUUAAAGUUUAGUUCAAGUUUAUGUUUUUAAAAAAAAAUGUGACUCAAUCAACUUUAUCACAUUUCAAUAGCUACAUAAUUGGAGCAGACAUCCAACAUGCAUCUUGAACAAGGCUAUUUAGCUGUUAAAGCUGAAAUGAAUGCUAUCUUCAAGUAGCUAUCAUCAUUACCAUUGGUAUUAAUAACAACUAUCAACUGCUGUGAAAAACGUAUAUCAUUGCACCUUUUAGAACCGCUGUUUCCCCAUUGCACAACUGUCUCAUGUAGUGACCUUUAGCAGAAAGAAUAACUCAUAAAUCAGCUUUAAAACAUCUGAUUAUUUUUCUCGUGAGGUUUGACUGCUGUUAGAUAAAGUGACAUGAAACUGCCAGAUGUGACUGUGCAGUUUGGGGUGAGAGAAAGAAAGAGCCUGGUAUGAAGGUUGAUAAAGGCACGCUGAUAAAGAAAUGUGGCUGUCAUGUAUGAUAUUUAUUUACAUUUACAUAUUGAUUUUAAGAUUUAUAUACAUGUUCAGACUACACUCAAUCAUUUUUUGUUUGAUUUCUUUAUUGGUUCAGUGAUGCAGCAGCGUUUCCUGCUGAUACACCAACCUACCUUACACAGGAAAACUCUCCAAAAUGACACAUUCUGAUAAUGUGAACUGAUUUUAUUUUAUACUUGCCUUUUCCCUUUACUGUGUAUUUAGGCUGUAAAAUAUGAACUGAAAUGGCAGAGCAGAUUAUGCUACUUGCUUGCAUCUUUGUACUGUCAGGAAGAACUGAGAUAUGAAUUGACAUGCUGGAUAAAGUACUUAAUAUCAUUCCUGUAGAUAUUGUUUGCCUUAUGGAAACCUGUGUUUUCCCUAAAGACAGAGCCUUAGUGAAUGUACAGAAAUUAGCCUUUUGUGUUCGGUCGAAUGCAGAAGAGAACAUAUUUGCUACUUCGUCCUUUAAGUGGACAUGUUGGUAUGUGUUAAUAAAAAAACUGAAGGAAUUGG